AUGUUGUCGCCGAAAGCCGCCGCCAUCUUCAACCUCGCCCUGCUCGCGUCCGCCGCCCCCAGCAAGCGCCAAUCCACCGGUUCCGGGGCCUGCACAGACCUGCACAUCUUCCUCGCCCGUGGAUGGAACGAGGAUUACCCCGGCCGCCAACAGUCUCUUGUAGACGCCGCCUGCAACGGGGUCUCCAGCUGUGACUACGAGGACAUUACCUUUGACGCAACCAACGCGAAUGGCUACCCUGCCUCGGUCGAGCAGGGUCGCUCUUCUGGCGUCUCCCAGAUCAAGGCAUAUAACCAGCGAUGCCCCGACGCCAAGAUUGCUCUGAGCGGUUACAGCGAAGGCGCAGCCAUUGUCGGGAACGUGCUGGCCGACUCGGGGCUGACGCCCAGUUCUGUGCCUGGAGACAAGGUCUGCGCCGCACUGCUCUUCGGAGACCCGAACCAUGUUGCGGAUCAGAGCUACAACGUCCAGGCCGGCUCGGCAUACAGCGCGCAGGGCCCGCGCUCCGGCGCGUCGCUCGAGCACCUCAACGCCUUCUCCUCGGUGCUGCGGUCCUACUGUAACGGCGAGGACUCACUCUGCGCCUACGGCGACGGCACGAGGCCCAUGGGCGAGAACGCGCACACCAACUACUUCCAGCUGUACUCAGGUGAUGCGGGCAGCUUCAUCCAGGAGAAGUGUGCCGCUGGCUCAUCCGGUGGUGGCGGCGGCUCGACCACGCCGCCGCCGUCUGGCUCGGUCUGUGUUGCUGGAAAGGUGAAGGAGGGCCUGUCUGAGAACUACUCUGGCCUGUGCUCGUUUGCCUGCUCGAAUGGGUACUGCCCUGAUGGCGUGUGCGAGUGUACCGAGUUCGGCACGCAGGCUGGCUCGGGUGACGGAAGUGGACAGGAUGGCUGCCCGGCUCCCGGGCUGGAUGACAGCUACAAAGGGCUUUGCAGCUUUAGUUGCAGCCAUGGAUACUGCCCUUCUGGUGCUUGCCAGCACUGCUAG